AUGUUGAGGGUGUGGAUCCCCAACCACCUGCGGAUGUAUUUUCCCCGGGAAAGCACCAAGACGGUGAACGUCUUCGUGAAUGGUGGAUCAAGUGUGGGCGCUUAUGCAAUUGAUCUGAUCACACCUCUAAAGUCAGCUUCGGAGGUAAUCAAGUUGCCAACGCUAGAAUCUAAGCGAUUCUUGCGAGAUCUGCGUUGUGACAGGAUCAAGCAGAUUUUCGUACUCGUCACAGAGGACGACUACGUCGCCAAUAUUCGGCCAGCACAAGUGUUUGCUGAGAACGGACGGGUGCUCAGUAGCUCUUCGAUGGACGAUAGUGUCCACGAUGAAAAGACUCGGAUUGAGCGAUACACGUCUCAAUCUUGGUAG